AUGAAGUCGCUUGUGCUAUUUCUAGGUCUUGUUGCCUCCACUAUCCCGUUCGUGGUCACGACCCCUACGCACGGCGCUAGAGCCGAGAAUUUCCAAAACCCCAUCAUCUAUUCUGACUUCCCGGACAAUGAUGUAUUCCUGGGACCCGAUGGGUUCUACUACUUCUCUGCGUCCAACUUUCAUUACAGCCCGGGGGCUCCCAUUCUUCGCUCCAAAGAUCUCCUCAACUGGGAUCUUAUCGGACAUUCUAUCCCACGUUUAGAGUUUGGAGACGGCUAUGAUCUUCCCAACAGCAACACUCGCGCCUAUAGAGGGGGAACUUGGGCUUCAUCGCUGAGAUACCGAGAGAGCAACAAACUGUGGUACUGGAUCGGCUGCACAAACUUCUGGAACACCUGGGUCUUCACUUCUCCAUCCCCAACCGGGCCCUGGAAGAAGGCAGCGCAGCUUGGAACGGGCGGGACUUGCUACUACGACAAUGGCAUUCUAAUCGAUGAUGACGACACCAUGUAUGUCGUCUACGGGUCAAACAACGUCAAAGUUUCUCAGCUUUCCAAGGACGGCCUUAGUGAAGUGAAAUCUCAGCAAGUCCUGAACAACACUUCUAUUGGGGUUGAUGGUCUAGAGGGAAACCGCAUGUACAAGAUCAACGGCCAGUACUACAUACUGAACGAUGACCCUAAUGCCUCAGCAACUUGGAUUUGGAAGUCUGAUAGCCCCUUCGGCCCUUACAAAUCCAAGAACCUCGCCAAAGGCGUCACACCCCCCCUCAGCGGUGGCAAUUCCCCCCACCAGGGAAGCCUGAUCAAGACUCCUGCAGGCGAGUGGUACUUCAUGUCCUUUACCUGGGCAUACCCUGCUGGUCGUCUUCCCGUCUUGGCCCCAAUUCGCUGGGGCAAUGAUGGUUUCCCAGUUCUCGUGACUGGUGCUAAUGGUGGCUGGGGAGCCUCGUACCCGCUUCCCUCCGGCAGUAAUGGCCUCACCAAGAAUUGGGGGCGGACGGAUCGUUUCCAAGGCACGUCGCUUGAUCCGUCCUGGGAGUGGAACCAUAAUCCCGACGUCACCUCCUACGAGAUCAACAAUGGCUUGACUCUUCGCACGGCCAGCGUAACCAACGAUAUAUACUCGGCGAGGAACACUCUGACUCAUCGAACCCAUGGAGAUCACCCUGUCGGUACCGUCAAGAUUGACUUUAGCAAACUGGCCGAUGGCGACCGAGCAGGUUUGGCGGCAUUCCGCGAUCAGAGCGCCUAUAUCGGCAUCCAUCGAUCCAACGGCAAAUCCACCCUUGCAGUCGCACAAGGAAUGAUUAUUGACGAAUGGUCAGGAGAGACCAAGAGUUUGGGCGAGGUCAAGGCCACGGCGGAGGUAGCAGAGGGCAAGACACAGGUGUGGUUGCGCGCCGAGUUGGACACGAGCCCUACGGGGUCUCGGAACGCCGUCUUCUCCUACAGUUGGGACGGAAGUAAAUUUGAGAAACUUGGUCCGAACUACGAGCUAUACAAUGGCUGGGCAUUCUUCAUUGCUUACCGCUUUGGCAUUUUCAAUUAUGCCACUCAGGCACUAGGCGGCUCGAUCAAGGUUGAAUCAUUCACAGCUGCAUGA